CUGGCGGACUGUACACUGCAAGUCUCACCAUCUGGCCAGUACCUGGAUCUUGAUCUGUCCCUGCUGGAGCAGAAAGAUGAGCUGGAAGGAUUCUACGAGGAGAUCGGCAAAGGGCGGCGGCCAACUCUGAUCCUGCGCACGCAGCUCUCCGUCCGAGUCCAUGUCAUCCUCGAGAAACUGUACAACUCCCAGGGGCCGGAGCUGAGGCGCUCCCUCUUCUCCCUCAAGCAGCUCUUUCAGGAGGAUAAAGACCUGGUGCCAGAGUUCGUGAACUUGGAGGGGCUGACAUGCUUGAUCAAAGUGGGAGCCGAGGCCGACCAGAACUACCAGAACUAUAUCCUGCGAGCGCUGAGCCAGAUCAUGCUGUUCGUGGACGGGAUGUUGGGCGUGAUCGCGCACAACGAGACCGUGCAGUGGCUCUACACGCUCUGCGGGAGCAUGUACCGCCUGGUGGUGAAAAUGGCGCUGAAGCUGCUGCUGGUGUUUGUUGAGUACACGGAGUCCAAUGCCCAGCUCCUCAUCCAGGCUGUCAACACGGUGGAGCAGGCUAGAGGGGCGUAUCCAUGGUCCAACCUGGUUGCAAUCUUAGAGGAGCGCAAUGGGGCCGACACGGAGCUGCUGGUGUUUGCGAUGACACUUAUCAACAAGACGCUGGCGGCCCUCCCGGACCAGGACUCGUUCUACGACGUGACAGACUGCCUGGAGCAGCAGGGGAUGGAGCGCAUUGUGCAGCGCCACAUGCACAACAAAGGCCUGGAUCCUGACGUGAAGCAGCAGUUUGCAAUCUACGAAACCUCGCUCAGACACGAAGACGGAGUGGAAGAGCUGCCGCCGGGGGCGCGCAAGGAGCGGCGGAAAACAGACGAGAACCGGCGGGGCCGGCGCUCCCUGGGUGGCAACGUAGAUGCCGGAGCCGGUGCAGGCUCCCCAAGCCCAGCCGUGGAGGACAACAAGCUGCCUGAGCCCUCCAGCCCCGCGAGGGAACCCACUGCCGAGACGGGGACGGAGAGCAGCCCAGCUCCGCCCUGCUUCGAGAGUGUUUACAACAGCACGUCCAACGUGCGGCUCUCUGCGCCGGCCUCCCCGGAGGAGAGGGAGCACCCCGGCCUGGGGGAGAGGAGCGUUUUCAAAGCUCGCUUCUUGGAAAACCUGGUUUCAUCCCAAAAGGAGAAGCUGUCUGCGAUGUCCAAGGGACGGCUUGACGUCCUCGCCGAAGCCAUUCCAGGGGGCGGCCAGCUCAGCCCAGAGCCACCCCCAGCAGGGAGGCUGGCGCUGAGCGAGGAGAAGGAGCAGAAUGAGACGGCGAACGAGCAGGAGCCGCGCCUGCCGUCAGUCGGGAUCGCUCCAGGGAGGGACGAGAAAGGAGACGGCACAUCAGGGCGCUGUGUCCCCCCGCAGGAGAGCGCCGAUCCCUGCCGCUCCGUCUCCUCGGACAAGAAGCUGAUGCGCGACAUGCUGUUUGCCAAAAGCCACGUGGAGCCGGAGCGGGACCUGCUCGUCCCUGAGGCGUCAGCCUCUGCCCAGCGCCCCCGAGCGGCUGGGGACCAGCCGAGCCAGGCAGAGCUGCAAGGCAGUCAGGACCUGGAGAACGCCAGGCCCCAUGGCAAGGCCCCUGACGGGCAGGUCUCUGGCGCCCGGACCCGGCUCCCGCGCACCCAGUCCAGUGUCGAGGCAGAAGCCAACGCUCAGAACGUGGAGCGGGCCCUCCUGACCCCAUUUAAAAAGGACUUUGAGUUCAUGUGGGAUCGUCCGGAGGCCGGCCCCAUGCUGCUGAAGAUCAAAGACCUGGACUUCUCAGACCUGGGUGAAGAGGAAGAUUUUGAUGCCUUAGAGCAAGGGGCAGUAGGAAAUGACUCUUUCCAUGUGCCUCCUCCACCACCUCCUGGCACUGGGGCACUGACUGCAGGAGGCCUCCUGGCUCCCCCACCACCACCACCCCCUCCUCCUAGCUGUCCCCCACCCCCCGGCUGUCCUCCGCCCCCACCACCCCCUGUUCCUGGCUGCCCACCCCCUCCUGCGUUGCUGGGCCCCCCUGCGCCAGAUGGCCGUUCCCCUGCCAAGAAGAAGAAGACGGUGAAGCUCUUCUGGAAGGAGCUGAAACACCCCAGUUCCCGUGCUGGGGCUGGCCGGUUUGGCCGGGGCACCGUGUGGGCGUCCCUGGAGAGAGUGGAGAUUGACGCGGACAAGCUGGAGCAUCUCUUUGAGUCCAGAGCGAAGGAAGUGCUGAGUUCCAAGAAAGCUGCUGACGGGAAGAAGUGCACGGUGAUCCUCGACCCCAAGAGGAGCAAUGCCAUUAACAUCGGCCUGACGGUGCUGCCGCCCGCUCACAUCAUCAAGACGGCCAUUCUCAACUUCGACGAGUUCGCCAUUAACAAAGAAGGGAUUGAGAAAAUCCUGACCAUGGUUCCCACCGACGAAGAGAAGCAGAAGAUCCAGGAGGCGCAGCUCGCCAAUCCCGACAUCCCCCUGGGCUCAGCCGAGCAGUUCCUGCUCACCCUCUCCUCCAUUAGCGAGCUCACGGCUCGCCUCCAGCUGUGGGCGUUCAAGCUGGACUAUGAGAGCAUGGAGCAGGAGAUCGCGGAGCCUCUGUUUGACCUGAAAUUGGGGAUGGAACAGCUGGCCAAAAACCAGACCUUCAGGUGUAUCCUGGCUACUCUGUUGGCCAUGGGGAACGUCCUCAACGGCUCCCAGAGCCGGGGCUUCGAGCUCAGUUACCUGGAGAAGGUCUCGGAGGUGAAGGACACCGUGCACCGGCAGUCUCUGCUGCACCACCUGUGCCACGCGGUGGUGGAGAGGUUCCCCCAAACCAGCGACCUCUACUCGGAGAUCGCCGCCAUCACCCGCUCAGCCAAGGUUGACUUUGACGAGCUGGCGGAAAGCCUGAGCCAGCUGGAGCGACGGUGCAAAGCAUCAUGGGACAGCCUGAAGGCCAUCGCCAAGCACGAGACCAAACCGGGCCUGAAGAGCAAGCUGAUGGACUUCCUGAAGGACAGCUCCCGGAAGAUCCACGUUCUGAAGGUGGUGCACAGACGCAUACUCCACAGGUUCCGCUCCUUCCUGCUGUUCCUGGGCUACCCGCCGGCGGCCGCGCGGGACAUGAAGGUGACGGGGUUCUGCCGGCUCCUGCGGGAGUUUGCCCUGGAGUACCGCACGUGCCGAGAGCGCGUCCUGCAGCAGCAGCGCAAACGGGCCGCAUACCGCGAGAGGAACAAGACCCGGGGCCGGAUGAUCACGGAGAUGGAGCGAUUCUCCGGCAUGGCCGACAGCCCUGAGGCAAGCUCCUCUCCAGCCGUGGGGUCGGCCUGCCCAGAGAAGCAGGCGGAUGCAGGCCAUGAGACCAUGAAGAGUGUGUUGAGCUUGGCUGUGGAGCCCCACAGCCGGCGCAGCAGGGCCAGCCGAGGCGUGGGUCGGUCAAGCCCCUCCAGCGGCUCCGUGCCCCAGGACGACAGCUCCGGCUCCCCGGCCGACGCCUCGGAUGAAAUCAUGGAUCGCCUUGUGCAGUCCGUCACCCACAGCGCCGGCCCGCGGCCGGGCGCCGCCAAGGAGCGCAAGAGGUCACGUGUCAGCAGGAAAUCCAUGCGGCGGACUCUGAAGAGCGGCCUGAGCGAUGACUUGGUGCAGGCCCUGGGCCUGGCGCAAGCUCCCAGCGUGCAAGUGUGACGGUGGCCGUGGCCAGCAGAGCCGCUGCGGAAGGAGCCUGCCUAGAGCCCGCGAUGCCCCACUCCCCGGAGCGAGCGGGGCCAUGAACGCGCUGAGCGGGAGCCCGGCCGGCCCAGCCCAGCGCUCUGCGGCCUGGAGGAAGGGAAUCGCUGGGCAGGGCCGGUGUUUGGGGAGCACCGAGCCCCUGCUCCGGGAACGCAGCCCAGCAUGCCUGGCACCACUGGAGCCUCUCUGAAGCGUCGCCUGCUGGUGCCACAGGAUGGGCACUCACGCUACAGUGGCUACUGCUUCUUCCCACCCCCACCAUGGGCCUCCCUGCGUCCUGUCCCCCCCACACACCCUGCCCUAUAGGCCCCCCCCCGCAUCCUGCCGUCCGUCCGGCCCGUGCUUUCCUGCAGUGGGGCCGUGCGCCAAGUGGAUUUGCUCUGGGGACACUAUAGUAUUUGAGCCCUUUGUGGGUAGCUGGCGAGUGCGACGUGUGCUGUGGAUUAGUUUGGCUGGGCCCUGCAAAGAGAAGCGCUGGCUGCGGCAUGGAUGGGCUGCAUAGCACUGCCACCGCACUCCAUCUCCUUGGGUUUGCCUCCUGCCUUUCCCCUUCAGGUCGCUGGAUUCCAGGGCUUCUCCGAGACUUCCCAGGGUCCCGCUAGGAAGCGAGUAGCAUUUCCCUGGUGGCUGGCACUGGCUGGCACCCGCAUCCUCCCAGGGCUCCUGGUGAUGGGCGGGGUCUGCGUGUGCACUAGCUGAGCAGUGCGUGGAAGCCCCCCUCCCCUGGGGGAGCACAGGGCUGGCUGGUCGCCCGGGAUGUGCAGUCUGACCCCCGUUAUGGUGAGUCGGGUUGUGUGCACUGCAGCCACCCUCCAGCAGCACCUGGGGUGGGAAGGUCCCAGGGCAGUCGCUGGGGCCGGUGCCAAUUGGACUGAAUAAAGACACCUGCUGUUGA